AGGAUCAAAAGAUUCUUGAUAUUUUGGGGAGUUUUUGCGCAUUGCAUUAUUAUAUAUACGUGGGUUAAAAGCUGUGACAGCACAGGCGAUUAAACUGUGUCAAGUUCUGAUAUCAGACUGUAAAAGUACUUUUUAUACAGAUCGAACAGCCCGUACGCUAUGUCUGGACACGGGCAUGGACACGGACACGGACAUGGACACGGGUGUUGUGAGGAUGAUCAUGAACCUGCUGAGCGUGGUGUGGAGUACGGACUGUACAGACGCAUCGAUAUAGACAAGCUGCAGUGUCUUAAUGAGAGCCGAGACGGAGACGGCAAGCUGGUGUUUAAACCCUGGGAUCAGCGCACAGAUCGGGAAAAGUUUGUAGAGAGUGACGCUGAUGAAGAACUCCUGUUCAAUAUUCCGUUUACUGGAAGUGUAAAGCUGAAGGGGAUUAUAAUUUCUGGAGAGGAUGAUGAGAGCCACCCAGCUGAAAUAAGGCUAUAUAAGAACAUACCACAGAUGUCAUUUGAUGAUAUAGGCAGAGAACCAGAGCAAGCAUUUCGUCUUAACAGGGAUCCACUGGCUGAACUCGAGUAUCCAACUAAGAUUGCACGCUUCUCUAAUGUCAAUCAUUUGUCUAUUCAUAUUCCUCGAAACUUUGGGGCCGAUUCUACUCGUGUCUACUACAUUGGACUCCGGGGAGAAUAUACUGAGGCUCACAGACAUGAGGUGACAAUCUGUAACUAUGAGGCAGCAGCAAAUCCAGCAGAUCAUAAAUUGGAAGCUAUCACUCCGCAGACACAGUUCAUUUCAUGACGAACGAUGUAGGCUUUGUGUCAGUGUUGAGAGAGACAAUAGUUGUUGAUGACUUUUGAUAAUAAUAAUGAGACAUGCAUUCUAUUGCAAAUAUAACUUAGGAGUAAAAACAUGGACAUGUUUCAAGAAGGAUGGUCAUUACUCAUGAAGGUUUGUUAAAAUGAAACUUCUUAUGUGCCAAUAAAUAAUCAGAGAUGAACAAA